ACCGCACAUGUCAGAAAAUUUGAAAUCGGACGCUUCACAAAUCGGGACUGGUUAUAAAGAAGACAAUGCAUUCCCCGAGUGUUGAUGCGUAUGGGGCUGGAGGGUUCAACCCUGGGUCGUUCUCUAUGGAGCCAAUGAUGAUGGGAUCUCCAGGAAGUCCUACGAGUCCCACUGGGGGUCAUCAGUCUCAGUUCCUACCUAGCUUCCUCCUUGGGGACCAAACACCUCACUCUGUAUCCCCUGGUCCGAGGAUAUGGUCAGCUGCCAGUCCCAGUCCUCCAAAGUCAGCAUCCAGAGCUGGUCUCAUGUCCAGCAGUUUCAACACUCCAGGGAUGAGCCGAGGAGAGGUUCUUAGACCAAAGGAGAAAGUUGGUGCCCCACCCACAAAAAGUUUAAUGAGCCAUGCUAGCCCAGCGGGGAGUACACCAGCACAUUUUGGGACACCAAAUAUUCAUCAGAUGUCUCGGGCAAUGCAUACACCCGGAUCAAUGAGUGGUACACCAGCACCACCUACUUUAGGUAUACUCUUAACACAGCUGGACCCCUUCUACACACAAGGAGAAUCCUUAACAUCGGAUGACAUUUUGGAUGAGACGUGGGUGACAGUUUUUGGGUUUCCACCAGCCGCAGCUUCUUAUAUCCUUCAGCAGUUUUCUCAGUAUGGCAACAUUUUAAAACACGUGGUGGCCUCAGAAGGCAAUUGGAUGCACCUCCACUACCAGUCCAAGCUGCAGGCAAAGAAGGCCCUGAGUAAGAACGGUAAAGUGUUCGGCGGAUGUAUGAUGGUCGGCGCUACACCCUGUAUAGAAAAAGUGGCCUCAGAAGGCAAUUGGAUGCACCUCCACUACCAGUCCAAGCUGCAGGCAAAGAAGGCCCUGAGUAAGAACGGUAAAGUGUUCGGCGGAUGUAUGAUGGUCGGCGCUACACCCUGUAUAGAAAAAUGGCUAAGUGAGUUUGGAUAG